AUGACCCUCUUGGAGAAGAGAAAUGCCAAGUCGGAGCCAAAACGACGACGGAGGUCCAAGGCAACAGCCGCGAAAUCAGCCUCACGGACGGGCUCGCAGGAGGAAGCAGAGGAUCUGGCCGAUUUUAUUGACUGCCUUGCUCAUGAAAUCUUUGACAACUUACGAGAAGAGCUACAAGAGAUGGACUACCGCCCACGGAGAGACUCACGGAGCCUUCAGGACAAAUUCUCACUACCCUUGACGCCUUUAUUCUACCCGCGGGAAACAAUGGCGGAGGAAUGCGAAUCCCAACGAGCAUGGAUCCCUCUCUCCUAUCACCAUCUCAUCCCGCGAUUCGUGCACGACAAGGUGGUCAGGCGCGGGUGGCAUAAAAAAGAAGACUUGCGGAACCUGGCCUGGCUGUGCGGCGCGUGCCAUCGCUUCGUGCACCGUUUCAAGAACCACGAAGAGCUGGCGAGGGAAUAUGACACGGUCGAGCUUCUGCUGGCGGAGGAGGAAGUACAGUAG